AUGGCUUUCUUUCUUCUGUUUAUAAUUGUAAUAGAUGUUGGACACUUUGACUCCAAGUAUGUUAUACAGAAACGCAGUGAUUUUUUACAAAAGGCAAAACUAUGUGUUCGAAGAAUUGUGGAGAGGAGGAUAUUUACCAGUGGUAAAGAUGAAAUUGGGUUGGUUGUGCUUGGUUCUGACAAGACACAGAAUCCACUUGAUUACCCAAAUAUAAAUUGUGUUGUAAUGCGAGGUUUUAAUGAAGAUGAAGUGUGCAGUUUUGUGGAGUUAACAAAAGAGAAAAAUGUUGAUGUAAGAUUUAUUGAGUACAUGCCUUUCAGCGGCAACAAAUGGAAUGAUGGGAAGAUGGUCUCAUUUAAUGAAAUGCUCCAAAUAAUUAGAAAGCAGUGGCCUAAUUUUGAUCCUCUUCCCAAUGGGCCCAAUGAUACCUCAAAGGCAUCCCAUGUCCCGGGCUUCAAGGGAUGCGUGGGAUUUAUUACCUCAAUGAGUGAACACUUCUGUGGCACGUGCAACCGUUUACGGAUAACAGCUGAUGGCAAUUUGGAGGUGUGUCUCUUUGGGAAUUCAGAGAUAUCUCUCAGAGAUGCAAUACGAAGCAAAUGCAGUGAGGAUGACUUGCUUGCCAUGAUUGGGGCAGCAGUGAGAAGAAAGAAGAAACAACAUGCAGGCACGAAACAUAAAACGAAUGUGAUCUUGUUGGAAAAAGAGCUUCACUCUUUGCAGAGAAUUGAUGCUGGUGAGCCACCCACAGAAGUUGCUGCAGAGUAG